AGUUUUGGGAGUGACGCCAGGAUGUGAGUGGGUGGGUGUUAGGCGGGUGUUGAGGCUAUUUGGUCAACACGACAAAGUUUUUAUUUUUAUUAUUGGGAAUUCCAAUAUCAGUGUCAGCAGUACAUUAGAUCUAGUCCUGUGGCAACAUUUGGUGGGAGCUGUUGUUUCAGCCUAAGUCCUAAGUCGCUGAGUUUGUUACUUCUUGACUGGAACUGAAAUAGAAUCUAGAUUCUAGAUCACCACAGCCCGGUCGAGAGAGUGGUGAGCAGCAAUUAAGACUUAAGAGACUGACACUAACAUUCACCUAUCUCUUUAGCCUCUUGUGCUGUCAUUGAAACUUCAGCUUUACUGACAAUGGAUGAAACUAUGGGAAUAUGUGAUGAAACUGACUUCGACACUGAGGGUAUUUACACAAAAACAAGGAAAGGCUGUCAUAAAGGUUCUGACAAUCCUGUACCAGCGUUGGAUAGCAGUGACAAUUACAACUUCUCACAUGAGCGUAGAGGUGUCGCUAUCAUCAUCGUCAACCAUAACUUCUCAGGACAACGCUCACGAGAUGGAAGCCAGCAGGACUUCAGGCGACUUCAAGAGUUGUUCACCUCUCUGGAUUUUGAAAUACGAACUUUCCGGGAUGUGACCAGGAAUGAGUUGCUACAACUUAUUCAUAAUGUAUCAAGAGAAGAUCACUCUGACUGCGACUGUCUUGUCGUGGCCAUCUCCUCACACGGCAACUCUAGGAUGGAAGCCACGCAAUCUGGCUAUCAAAUAGAAGACACCAUUUCUACCAGGGAUGGACAAGUCGAGACGAGACUGAUAAUGGAAAAAUUCAGAGACAGAAAUUGCCCUAGCCUCAUUGGAAAACCCAAAUUGUUUUUUAUUCAGGCAUGCAGGGGUUCUCGUUUAGAUGAUGGAAUGGAACUUCCAGUGCUGCAACCUGUUCGUUUAGCCACAGAGGAUUUACCUCCAACUUUGGGCAAUCUCCACCUUCGUGAUGCUCUUGACGCUUGUUUGAUAGAAGAAGAAGAAAAGAAUGGGCAAGGACCUCAAGAGGAACGAAGACCCCAAAGAGUACCCACUGACGUACGACGGGAGCCUUGCUUUGUGAAUGUUGUGAGCCCCGCACCCCAAAGGGUACCCACUGACGUACGACGGGAGGCUUGCUUUGUGAAUGUUGCGAGCCCUGCACCCCAAAGAAUACGCUCUGAAGUACAACGGGAGCCUUGCUUUGUGAAUGUUGCGAGCCCUGCUCCUUGUUACCUGGACUUUCUGGUGAUGUACGCCACCCCUCCAGGAUAUUUCGCUUUUCGUCGGGAAAAUCAAGGGUCAUGGUUCAUCACUUGUCUUUACAACGUCCUGAGCAGGAACCGGGGAGACAAAAGCCUUGUGAGACAACUGACCUCUGUGACAGGACUGAUGAUCAGAGACAUGGUUUCUGUGAACACAGAGAAGCCACACCAGGACUCCAAGAAACAGACCCCUGUUUUGUACUCCAUGUUGACCAAAGACAUCUAUCUGGUACCUAAGGCAGACAAGACUUCUGCGCGCAGAAGCUGCUGAUCAACUCCUUUUCAGGAUUUUUCAAAGCGCUUCACAGAGCUCUGAAAAUAUUCAUUCCAAAAUAGGACUUUAAAAAAGCUGUGGAUCUGCAGACAACAGGGAAAAAACUGCAGCAUAUCUCAUUUUGAAGGUUAUUUUGAGUUAUUCCCCAUGGAGGCCUCACAACUCACAUUUGAAAGAGAGAAAAAUGGCAGGGUCGAUGUAAAAGGAAACUGAGAAAUUUUUGUUUUGUUUUUGAGAUUUAAUAUUUUAAACAUUGAGAACUAAAAUUUCUCAGAAUCACAAAAUUGCAACUCUUCCAUUUUUUUCCUGUAGUCUUCAUUUGUGCUCACAAACCAUAGCUUUUUAAAGAAAUUAUUUUUUUGUAUGAUCUGGCAGCAAACAUUUUUGUUCUAGUGUUGAUUUUGUUUGUCUUGGAAAAUUUCACCGAAAAUAUUACACACAUUUUCUCUUAAGUGUGUAUUCCAUUAGUGUGAAAUAAAUCAUGCCCAUAAGAAAAUG